AUGUCUCAACAAAUUAACCAAACCAAUGACAUAUCUCCAGUACCAGAAUUUUCUCAACCAACCAUCGCUUACUCUACUUUCCAAUCAAACAAUACUUACUCUACAUUAGAAGAGGAAGUUGUGUCUCUUAGAGAAGAAGAGGUUACAAAACAGAAGAAGGAAGAAGCUCUUCGUAAAAAGGAGGCCACAAAACAGAAAAAGGAAGAAGCUCUUCGUAUAAAGGAGGCUGCAAAGCAAAAAAAACAAAUAGCUAAAAAAAAAGAUUAA